UCUAAUAUCAUGGUCAUUAGCCUAAUGAUCUAUAAGGUACAGAUAUAGUAAUGUUCUCGGAAAUAAUACUAACUCCGAAAGUCGUCGCUUAUUCAAUUAUUAAUUUUGUAUUUCGGUGUUCAUUCAUUCAAUCUUCAGUCUUCAUUUCUUCAAUCGUUCUCUGUAAUAUUUUUACAAAAAUGGGUAAAGAUUGGCGUUAUGGUCAAAAAUCUCGCCGGAAAUUAUUUGUUCCAAAGAAGAAACCAAAACAUAAUUUAGCGAACUUGAACUCAAAAAAAUGUGUAACCGUUGUUCCAGACAACUACCAACAAAACGUAGCAACUAGUCCAGAUAAUACAACGCCAAAAAAAAAUUAUGUCGAUACAAAUAUUGAAGUUCACCAAGUCUAUAAUAGUAUACCAGGUCCAUCUGGCUAUAUUAGUGAAAAGUAAGUAACUGGUAUUUAAAUAUUUAAAUAUUAAGUAUAUUUGAUUUUCGAACAAAACCUAUGUUAAAAAUGUUUUGAAUAACACAAUAUUUAAAAACUAAAGCGAUCUUCCGACAAUUUGUUAUAUGGAUAG